UGACGUGUCUAACAACAGCUUCACUGGACCCUUCCCCUCAGUUCUCUUGAAUGAGGAAUCUCUUACUAAAGACAUCAACCUCUCACACAACAACUUCACGGGACCCCUUCCACCAGAAAUAGCUGGCGUAAAGUCCUUGGAGCAUUUCAACAUUUCCCACAACCACUUUUCUGGCGUUGUUCCCACAACCAUUUGGGCCCUGGAGCAACUGAAGUCCCUCUCCAUGGCCCACAACCAGCUCCAGGGGACUCUUCCUGCUGCCCUUCUCGCCCCAGACCUUGCUGCUCUUGACCUGCAAGGCAAUGCAUUCUCUGGUCCCCUCUCAAGCUUUGCUUCGUGGCAAACCCCAUCUCUACUUGUGCUGGACGUGAGCAACAACCAGCUCAAUGGCUCCCUAUCUGACUCCAUCUCCCACUAUGCAUCGCUGCAACACCUGGGCCUUGGAGGCAACAACUUGAGUGGCCCCAUACCAGCUAGCCUGGGCAUACUUGUCAAUCUGACAUCUCUGAACAUUUCGGGCUCAGGGCUGACCUGCCCUGCUGACGCCUCCAAGUGCAUGGUGCUGCAGAGCAACACCACCAGCUUCUGCCGCCUCUGCUUCUCCUUCUGCUCCUCUUGCACGCCCAGUUUAU